AUGUCUGACAUCAUCGCCCCACCCUCCGUGAGGGCGCUCGCGCGCCAAAAGGGGAUCGAUAUCGAAGCGCUGGCCAGGGACAUCGGCCGAACGUCCAUCGCACGCGAGGAUCUGGAAGCAGAUGGUGCAGCUCCGGCCGCGACGCAGUUUGCGGCCUCCGACAGGUCCUACUGGGACGUUGACCAUUCUCAAUAUGGACCUGUGCGGCAAGAACCAAUGAGCCGAUUUGCCCAGGUAGCCGCCCGGAAUAUGGCGGCAGCACAGGCGCUCAUUCCGGCCGUGACCCAUCACGACCGGGCUGAUGUCUCCGUGAUAGAGGAAUUCCGGAAGGACCUGAAAUCCGAAGCCAGGGAUCGCGGGCUCAAGCUGACGGCACUUUCCUUUUACGCGAAGGCGCUUGCCAGGGCCUUGCGUGAAUUUCCCUGGUUCAACGCAUCCCUGAGCUCCGACGGCAAGACCCUUUUUUUGAAGGAAUAUGUUCACAUCGGAAUUGCGGUCGAUACGAACCAUGGUCUCAUGGUGCCGGUCCUGCGGGAUGUUGACAGCAAGGGUCUCUGGCAGAUCGCGCGCGAGAUUACCGAUCUUGCCGCAAGGUCUCAGGAGCGGAAGGUCCGUCCGGACGAAAUGGGCGGAGCCUCAAUGACAAUCACCAACCUGGGAGGCAUCGGCGGCACCGCUUUCACUCCAAUCGUCAAUCCGCCGGAAGUCGCUAUUCUUGGCAUCACCCGAACCGAAAUCGCCCCUGUCUGGGACGGUGAAGUCUUCCUGCCCGCACCAAUGGUUCCGCUGGAUCUCAGUUACGAUCAUCGCGUGAUCAACGGAGCGGAAGCCGCGCGGUUCCUGACAUACUACGCUGGUCUUCUCAAGGAUCCGAGACGCAUGUUGGUCUGA